GCCUUCGACACCCAUCGAAUACAUUCAGCUUCUCGGAUUCUCGAGUACUGGAGCCAGCGACUCAGUUGUGCCUCUAGGUCCGCUACGCCUCUUGCUUUCUGAUUUCGGCGCACGCGGUUCCUCUAGCUACUAUACCGCACUUGUCGUGAUGGCUUCCAGAAACGCAACCCACGCCGAUUCGUGGUACUCCGGAGAUGCGAGUCAGCUGGAUCGCGAGCUAUCAGGCUGGCUCGAAGGCGUUAGUCCCUCCGCGGAAGAUGAAUUCAGUCCACCGGUCUCUGGGACGAAGGCUGUUAUUGCGCCUCAUGCAGGGUAUGCUUACUCUGGGCGCACUGCCGCAUGGGCGUAUAAGAGCAUCGAUACCACUGGAAUUAAACGCGUCUUCGUCCUCGGCCCUUCGCACCAUGUUUACGUCGAUGGGUGCGCCCUCACGCGAUGCACGCAGUACGAGACCCCAUUAGGCGUGCUUCCAAUAGACGUAGAAACAACCCGGGAACUGAAGAACACUGGGCAAUUUACCGAGAUGGAUCAGCAAACCGACGAGGACGAACACAGUAUCGAGAUGCAUCUCCCUUACGUCCGGAAAGUCUUCGAGGGGAAAGACAUCUCCAUCGUCCCCGUCCUUGUAGGGGCCAUCAACUACGGCAAGGAGGUUACGUACGGGAAACUGCUGGCACCCUACCUCGCUAGGGAGGACACGUUCUUUGUCGUCUCCAGUGACUUUUGCCACUGGGGCCUUCGGUUCCAGUAUACGUUCUACUACCCAAAGCCACCCCCGAGCUCUGUCUCUCCAGUCCGGCUGUCUCGCGCGGACUCACACACCUCGGUGAAAGAGAACCCCAUUCACGAGUCUAUAUCCGCUUUGGACCAUGAAGCAAUGGAGAUCCUCACCAUGCCGCCCUGCACGGCCGCCCAGGCGCACCACGACUUCGCGGACUAUCUCGCACGGACGAAGAACACGAUCUGCGGGCGCCAUCCGAUCGGUGUCCUGCUUGGGGCGCUCACCGUCCUGGAGAAGGAAGGAAAGGUGCCGAAGCUCAAGUGGGUGCGGUACGAGCAGAGCAGCGCGUGCGUGGCGAUCAAGGACUCCAGCGUCAGCUACGCUAGCGCCUUCGUGAAGUUCUGAGCAUACCGUGGCCGGUAGACGAUCAAUCACGAUGUAUCAAGAAGCUUGUAUUCCGAUGUAUAGUACAACUGAGGCAGGAAUCCUCUAUGGAGCAAUAUCACCCAACAGUCUACGUUUCUAGAAGCGUGCCGAGAGUUUAGCUGAGCAGAUCCGCUUGAAGCCCAACUGGCUCGUCCUUCUCGUGCUCAGUUCCGGGCUGUCCGGAAUCGUUGAUGACCUUUCCGUCGCGUAUGAUGGCGUUCUCGAAGCCCCAUUCCCUCUGGACUCCCUCUUUCAGAUGAGAACCAUCCGCCAAUCGCUUCACGUCCCAGCCGCCCAGGACCUCCGUCUCCCCAGGCUUCCGCGCCAGCUCCGUAACGGUGCAGCAGCCCACUUUCAGCGGCAUCUCGCGGUCCGCGAGGAGCUCCCUGGUGAGCGCGAUGACCGUCGCGGCGUGGCUGACCAGCAGCACUCGCUUGUGCUGCCCGCCGAACUUGCGUUCGAUGUGCGGGACGAGGGCGCGCAUGAGCCCGCUCGCGCGGUCGUGCACCGCGUCGAGAUCUUCGCCUUUCCUGGACACGUAGUAGAUGGACUGCCACCAGUCGUCGAUUUCGGGGAAGUAUCCACGGAGCUCGGUGGCGGAGGAGGGCCGGGGAUGAAGGCCGGUGUCGGGCGCAACGGGAGAGUACCACUCCGCUAGCCCGUGUUCCACAUAGAGAGGCAGCUGCAGCUUCUGCGCGCUGGGCACUGCAGUUUGCAAGCAGCGAUAAUACGGUGAUGACAGGAUGAUGGUCGGACGUUCAUGCUCGGGCAAGGACAGAAAGUAGUCCGCCAGCUCCUCGGCCUGAGUCAAUCCAAAGGGCGCG